AGGUGCACUUUAUUUGAUAUAAAUAGUCUCUUGGCAGGAACUGAGCAUGUGAGACAACACCAGACGAUCGAUACUGUGCCUCUUUGUUGGUUACGUUUGUUUUGCGAGGAGCUGUCUGUGAAAUCAGAGUGGACGAGAGUCCAAGCCGGUAACCCAACUCUUUAACAGGUCACUCAACUUUUGCUAAACCAGUUUGUCGGCUCCUCCAUGAAGGGAAGUGAAGCGUUGCGACGCUUUGCGUGUGACACAGACGUCAUUCUUCUGACUCAACUAAAGGCUUGAACAUGUUCCGCAGAGAAAAGAGCUCAGCACCCACAGUUCCCUCACUUCCACCAAGGCCCAGCAAACAGGAUCUGGACAAUCCCACCACACACAGCUCGGGCGUACAAGAUGGGUGCGGGACCCAACAGGGAAGUGACCAUGAAGUUGUGAGUGUCCCAAAAUCCAAGAGGACUGGGGUGAUGGGAGUUAUGCAGAACGUCAACCCCUUCAAGGCUUUGUCGCAUACACCCUCCACAGUUGGCACUUGCACAGUUGCCACUGAUGACUUACCAGAAGUACGAACAAAUCCCACACAGUUUGGAUCAUUCCUUUUGACAACCCCCCCAACAAAUGCUGGUAUGCUAAAAGGGGUAAUGCAGAAGGUCAACCCAUUCAAGUCUUCCUGUCAGGUUCCUGAAACUGGAGGGUCUGAAUCAUCAGAACAGCACCCGGGAAUGCUGAAAGGGAUGCUCCAGAAGGUCAACCCAUUCAAGUCUUCAACACAGUUACCAAAGAACGAGCCCCAGGAUGCAGAUCACCAAGAGGCCAGAGAAGAAUUUAAUGAGAAACAGAAACCAGGGAUGAUGGCAGGCAUGAUACAGAAAGUCAACCCGUUCAAAUCUUCGCAGCCAAAGGACACGCAGCCCCUCCAGCGUGACGGCUCCUCCAGUGAAGGAAACCUGGUUGAUAACAACAACCUGCCCGAGAAGCCGAAGACUGGGAUGCUGAAGGAGAUGAUGCACAAAGUCAUACCCUCAAAGUCGACUACACAGACGGCACAUGAGGAGACAGACUCGGUCACAUCUCUGCAGCAGGAUCCCCCAACAUUGUCGUGCAGCUCUGAGAGUUUAAAUGAUGGUGCAGUAGAGAGACAUUCUGUUUGGUACGUAGAUGAUCCCAGCAACAGUGAGCUGAAAAGUCAACCAAAUGAGCAAAUGAAGAAAAGAAAGACCUUUAGAAUUAAAAGAAUUCUUCCGACUGCGCUAUUCGGCUCUGGAGCAAAGGAUUCGAAUGCAUUGCCCGACGCACAGCCUUUGCCACAGGAGGUGGAGGUCCAAACACUGGAAAUGGUUGAAAUAACUGCACUCAGUGAUGGAAGUGCUCUGGACCCUCUGGAGGAUGAAGAUGGACUCUUGGCGUGGUGGAGAACAGUCGAUGGCUGGACUGAGUGGAACGAGGCCACGCAGAAUGAUGAGUCUGAAGAGGUGGUGGAACAAGCGGCCGAUCGUGUCUUCAUGGCAGCCCGGCUCUUCGUUCGCCUGUUCAACCAACGUGGCGCGUCUCUGCAGCAGCGCAUCCUUGAGCUCCUCGCACUGGCCGAUUCCGCCGACAGCUUCCACAAGAAGACCGUUACGGCGAGCAUCGGUGGUGGGGUGGCGAGUGUGGCAGGCUCUGUCACCACUAUCACUGGUCUCAUUCUGGCCCCAUUCACGGCAGGAACGUCGCUCAUUGUCACAGCUGUGGGUAUUGGUGUCGCCACGGCGGGCGGCGUAGCCUCUGCUUCCGCCAAUAUCACAGACACCGUGCAUUCAAAGACUGACCGUAAGAAGGUGGAGAAAAUGAUCCAAGACUAUCAGGAGGAGAUCAAUGACAUCAGGGAGUGUCUGGAGUUCUUGCAGGAAGGGAUGGAGACUCUUGAGGAGUGGAACUUUGAGCAGUAUGCCGAGAGCAUCUCCAAAAAACAUCUCAACCAGAACGUCAAACAUGUCAUGAAGGAGGGCGGCCGGGCCGGCAAGGCUUUGGUCAUCAACACGGAAAGUCUGAUCAGUACUGUUCAGGUCCUCAGCGUGGCGGGGGGUGCUGCCAAAGCAGCCCAGGUGAUGAGUGUCACCACCGGGGUCAUGUCAGGCCUCUUCUUGGCACUUGAUGUCUUCUUCUUGGCCAAGGACUCAGCAGAGCUGAGAAAGGGUGCAAAGACAGAGUUUGCCGCCAAGAUCCGAGACGUUUGCAAGGACCUGCAGAAUGGGCUCCUGGAGCUGAACCGUAUCAAGGAAGAGCUGCAGAAGACAAUGGAUGGCAUCGAGGUGGAGGUGGAGGAAGAGGAUGAGGAGAUUUUGAAGUCUGAUCUGAAGAAACUCAUUGAGCUUGAAGAAUGAAGAAACCAAAUCAAAUGCCUGCCAAGUUUAUAACCGUUCUUCAUGUUGAACAUAGUUGAACCUCGGACUAGUGAAAUAAUUAUAGUAUGAAAGUAUUUAUAUUUUAAUAAUCAAUUGUAUGUAUUUUAUUGUAUGUCAUUAGUUUAGCUUCUUUCAAUAAAGUUUGCUGACAUCUUAAUUGCAACUGA